GCAGUAGUGGGCCUGGCACUCAAGUUCGGUUGCAGUGGUACGCUUCGGAUGGGAUUUCAUUUCCUGUGUUGAAGAUAGAUUUGAAAACUCAUCUGGAGACAAGCGACACUUUCUCGAUCACUUUUGGACCCCGUGGACUAAUUGUAAGCUUCGUUUCAAACUUGGAUGGAAUGGCUUUUGAAGAAACUUAACCCCCGUAGUUUGGAAAGUAUUCACCAGAGCUGAGGAUUUUACAUUUGAGAAGGUCACUGGCAUUUAUACACCGAACUGUAGCAGAAAUGGAUCAACAGAACCAAGCAAGCGGUGGAGAGGAUCCAAAUAAGCCAUCUAAAAGAAAAUCUAACGAAGAUGAAAGUAAGAACAAAAAACUGAACAUACACAUUAAAACAUUGGCUGAUGACAUGCGCGACAGGAUCACCAGCUUCAGGAAGACGGGCAUGAAGAAGGAGAAGCCCCUCAUCCAGCACCCCACGGACUCCCAGGCUGCCCAGGCCGAGCUGCCCGUGCCCCAGCCUCUCUUCGACGACCGCUCCAUGAACCUCUCUGAGAAGGAGAUUGUGGACCUCUUUGAGAAGAUGAUGGAGGACAUGAACCUGAACGAGGAGCGCAAAGCGCCGCUUCGCGGGAAGGACCUGAGCACCAAGCGCGAGAUGGUGGUCCAGUACAUCUCCGCCACAGCCAAAUCCGGCGGGCUGAGGAACAGUAAGCACGAGUGCACGCUGUCAUCGCAGGAGUACGUGCACGAGCUGCGCUCCGGGAUCACCGAGGACAAGCUGCUGAACUGCCUCGAGUCCCUGAGGGUGUCCCUCACCAGCAACCCCGUCAGCUGGGUGAACAACUUUGGCCAUGAAGGACUGGGAUUGCUUUUGGAAACACUGGAGAAACUGCUGGAUAAAAAACAGCAGGAAAGCAUUGAUAAGAAGAACCAGCACAAGCUGAUCCAGUGUCUGAAGGCUUUCAUGAACAAUAAGUAUGGGCUCCAAAGGAUUCUGGGAGAUGAAAGAAGCCUUCUGCUCCUGGCGAGAGCCAUCGACCCUAAGCAGACCAGCAUGAUGACAGAGAUUGUCAAGAUCCUGUCGGCCGUCUGCAUCAUUGGCGAGGAGAACAUCCUUGAUAAGAUCCUGGCUGCCAUGACGAUUGCAGCGGAGAGGAAUAACAAGGAGAGGUUUGCCUCCAUUGUCGAGGGCCUUGAGAACCACGAAGCUCAGCAGUUACAGGUGGCUUGCAUGCAGCUCAUCAACGCCUUGGUGACGUCACCGGAUGACCUGGACUUCAGGAUACACCUGCGGAACGAGUUCCUACGCUGUGGCCUGAAGAAGACGCUGCCGGAACUGAAGGAGACGGAGGAGCUGGACAUCCAGCUGAAGGUGUUCAACGAGAACAAGGAGGAGGACGCCAUCGAGCUGAGCCAUCGCCUGGAGGACAUCCGGGCCGAGAUGGAUGAUAUGGGUGAGGUCUACCUUCUGCUGUCCAACAUGGUGAAAGACACCGGCUCGGAGAACUACUUCCUGUCCAUCCUGCAGCACCUUCUGCUCGUCAGGAACGACUACUACAUCAGGCCUCAGUACUACAAGGUGAUAGAGGAAUGCGUGUCCCAGGUGGUGCUCCAGAAGAACGGAAUGGACCCAGAUUUCGGGUACAGAGAGCGGCUGGACGUGGACUUCACUCUGCUGGUCGACCAGUGUGUGGAUAAAGCCAAGGUGGAGGAGAGUGAGCAGAAGGCAGCCGAGUUCUCCAAAAAGUUCGACGAGGAGUUCAGCGCCCGGCAGGAGGCCCACGCCGAGCUCCAGAAGCAGGAGGAGAAGAUCAAAGAGCUGGAGGCGCAGAUCCGCUCCCUGCAGACGCAGUUAACUAGUGAGGGAAACAAGCUCAGAGAGGCGCAGAGGCUCCUCAGUGAAGCUGAAGGCAAGGUCGCCGCGGGAGGAGCAGGAGGAGCCCCCCUCCCUGCCGGAGCCGCGCCUCCUCCCCCGCCCCCCCCGCCCCCGCCCCCGCCCCCGCCGGGAGGCUGCCCCCCGCCCCCUCCUCCUCCCCCGCUCCACUGCGGCAUCCCGCCCCCGCCCCCACCGCCUCUCCCGCCCGGGUGCGGCCCCCCGCCCCCUCCCCCCCCGCCCGGGGGCGGGCCCCCGCCUCCCCCGCCGUUCUUCGGAGCGCCCGGCAUCCCUCCGCCCCCGCCCGUCAUCAAGCUGCCUUACGGAAUGGGGCCCAAGAAAACCUACAAGCCCGAGUCUGUGAUGAAGAGGGUCAACUGGUCUAAGGUCGUGCCUCAGGAGAUGGCGGAGAACUGCUUCUGGAUCAAAGUGAAGGAGGAGCGGUUCGAGACCCCCGAGCUCCUGGCCGAACUCGGACACCACUUCUCCACCAAGACCAAAGUGAAAAAGAAUGUGGAUGAAGUUGACGAAAGGAGGGUGAACCAGUUCAAGAAGAAGGCGAAAGAGUUGCGGAUCUUGGACUCCAAGACGGCUCAGAAUCUUUCCAUAUUCCUGGGCUCGUUCCGGCUGCCGUACGAGGAGAUCAGGGACAUCGUGCUGGAGGUGGACGAGGAGAGGCUGAGCGAAUCCCUGAUCCAGAACCUGAUAAAGAACCUUCCGGAGCAGAAGGAGCUGGUUUCGCUGGCGGAGCUGAAGAGCGAGUACGAGGAGCUCUGUGAGUCGGAGCAGUUCGGCAUCGUGAUGAGCUCGGUGAAGCUGCUGCGCUCGCGCCUCAACGGGAUCCUGUUCAAGCUGACGUUCGAAGAGCAGGUGAACAACAUCCGGCCGGACAUCAUGAACGUCACGCUGGCCUGCGAGGAGGUGAAGAGGAGCGACGGCUUCACGCGGCUCCUGGAGAUGGUGCUCCUGGUGGGGAACUACAUGAACGCCGGCUCCAGGAACGCCCAGACCUUCGGCUUCAACGUCAGCUUCCUCUGCAAGCUUCGAGACACUAAAUCCGCCGACCAGAAGACCACGCUGCUCCACUUUCUGGCGGAGAAAUGUGAGGAUAAGUACCCAGAAAUCCUCAAGUUCCCCGAUGAACUGGAACACGUGGAGAACGCCAGCAAAGUGUCCGCUCAGAUCCUGAAGGCCAGCCUGGACACCAUGGAGCGCCACAUCCAGAGGCUGGAGAACGACAUCCAGAACUUCCCCAAGACCGAAGACAAGCAAGAUAAGUUUGUGGAAAAGAUGUCCGGCUUCUCGAAGCAGGCCCGGGAGCAGUACGAGAAGCUGUCCAUCAUGCACAAGAACAUGCAGAAGCUGUACGAGGGCCUGGGCAGCUACUUCGCCUUCGACCCCCACUCCGUCAGCGUGGAGGACUUCUUCGGGGACCUGGCCAACUUCCGCAGCCUCUACCUGGAUGCUGUGAAGGAGAACCACAAGAAGAGGGAGAUGGAGGAGAAGAUCAAGAGAGCCAAGCUCGCGAAGGAGAAAGCGGAGAGAGAGAAGCAGGAGAGACAGCAGAAGAAGAAGCAGCUGAUUGACAUGAACAAAGAAGGAGAUGAGACAGGAGUGAUGGACAACCUGAUGGAAGCCCUGCAGUCUGGAGCCGCCUUCCGGGACAGGAGAAAACGCACGCCGCGGAACGGUGAUCAGAGCCCCUGCAGUCCAUGCCCUCGGUGGCCGGGCGCUAACCAUGAUAACCGGCGUGCAGGUCUGGAGAGGUCCCGCUCACGUCACACUGCCGCCCCCAUGGCCCGGUGAUCUGAGACCCCCACAACCCCCCCCGCCAGCCCCCUGCCAGCCCCCCGCGCCUCACGGGUUACGGAAAGUGCCAAAGACGUGCUGGACAGGAAGUGGAGAGAGUCACAUGACAGGAAGGGCCCGCCCGUGGGCGCACUCUGGGAGGGACUGCCAAAAAAGCCAAGACCUGCAUACCUGCACAGAGCUUUCCUCUGGGGGAGAGGAAGAACACACACACACACACACACACACACAUACACGCACACAUACACACACACACAUACACAUAUAUAUACACACACGCACAUACACUCACAUACACACACCCACAAGUAUACAUACACACAUACAUGUAAACACUCAUAUACGCACACAUGCACAAACCCACACACACACGCCCAUACAAACACGCUUACAUACACACACAUACACACAUAUAUACACACAUGCACACGCAUACACACACAUAUAUGAUAAAGAGACACACAUACACAUACACACACGUCUACACACACUCAAUGUGUGUGUACACACUCGGUCCACACAAAUAUACACACCUGCCAUACACACAGAUACAGUAUACACACUCACAUGCCCACACUAAAUCAGAGCAUCAAAUGGCAUCCAUGAUAAGCCUUACAUAUUUAUUCCUCUUCUCUGUGGUUUUAUUAAGGACAUAUUUAAUUAGCUAGCAUUUUUUUAGUCUGGUUUGUUUUUUUCCCUCCAGUUUCUGCUUUUAUAUGUAUUUUUUAAUCCAGAGCUUUCCUGUUAUGGCUUGUCUGGUAAAAACCAGAGUGGCAUUGAUUCUGAAUGAGCCAACCCAACCCAACCCAACGCUGACUGACUGACGAGUGAAAUCUUCACACAAAAAAACGAAUCAAAGGAAAAUCACACGGUCUACGUUAGUUCUGGCCAGUUUUCUUUGAAGGCAUCUGGCAGAGGAGACGGAGCUGGGUUCCGCGCCCGUCUGCAACACCGUUCUGCCAUCCACGCUGGUUAAGCAGGGCCCUUUCCACGCGUAGGCCUUCUCUGAAUACCGUGUGAUGAAUCCAACAUCUCAGAAUCCUCAGGCUUACGUUUCCACCAAGUCUGAGAGCUUGCCCACGGCGGUGAUUUUAUUUCCCGAACUGCGUGGAGUGAAAUAUAAGCCCCAGUACAUAUCUUACGUAUGUAUUAACAUUUAAAAUGCAACUUGUAAAUUACCUCUGUAAAUUAACUCUGUAUAUAAGCACUGUGUGCCUCAGAAGAGACCCGCUCUCUCACGCAGUCUUUCGGUACCUACAGUAGAGUGAUUGACAGGGCUUAUGUGAGCAGCACGCGCACAUACAUGAAUAAUUAAACACGGUAUGUAUGUGCGGGUUUGUGUAUGUAUAUGUACCUAUAUACGUAUAUAGGUACGCGUGUGAAAUGACUCGCAUGAAAUCACACCCGGACCGACACGCCGUUGUUUUUUUUUUUACACAGGGUGUGUGGAAUAAUGAGCCGAUUCAGACCGCGGAAAAUGGGUUAAGCUUCAACAACGGCUUCUGCAUUGCACGACGUCCGUUAAUACAGAGGCUGAUUUAGAGAAGUUCACAGGUUUUUAUUUUAUUGACUGGUGACAUUUUGAGAUCCACUGGCUUUUUGGAUUGCUUGGAUGCGGAGCAGAGGCAGGUUUUUCCGGAGCUAGCGCAGAGCUUUUUUCCUCCACGCGUUGGGGUGGCUUUUUCCUUUUUUUUCCCCUCUGUUGUCGGUUGGAGCCGCUUCCUGGCUCUGUUACAGGGAUAUGAGGAUAGCUUUACUAAACACCGCAUAACCUCCCAGACUCUCUGCUUUCUCUGAGAUAAGGUGUCCCGUUUCACUUAAAAUAAAUCUCUGGAUAUUUAAAAUAGGAAAUGAACGCGCGCGAACACGGUGCGGGAGCGAUCGCCCUCUCGCUCUCUCUCUCGUUCCGCAGGGAGGAGAGGAGGAGUGCGGCCACGGGGCACACACUGCAGUCAGGGACCUCUCGAAACGCUGCGUCCGUGGGUGUUUCUGAGUGUGCAUCCUCUGUCCCGUGGGUGUAUUUGAGAGCGGAUCCUCUGUCCCGUGGGUGUAUUUGAGAGCGUAUCCUCUGUCCCGUGGGUGUAUUUGAGAGCGGAUCCUCUGUUUCGCUCUCCCCGCCCGGGGCGUCCGUGUGCUGUCCGUGUCAGAGCAGUGUGCGGAGCUGAGCACGCAGGGUGAGGGAGAACGCUGGUGGACAGAGACAGCAUGCAGGCUGUCUGUGUGAGAAACCUCACCCCGAGUAAACACUCCCCCACCGCACCACCCCACCCCACCCCACCCCGCUCCGCUCCUUCCUCUGGGUGCCAGCAAUCAGCUCCCAUCACAUGACCGUUUUCAGAAUUACCAUAACGCCACAGGCAACUACUUAUAAAUCAAGUCCUCGCAGUAAUCAAAGCGGAGGCUUCGCAAAUAGGAACAACUGUUGUUCCUGAAGGGGGAGAACACUAACGGGGCAGUUUAGAGAGGUGCCAGCGUUGUGGUGCUGUACCAGGUUCCCCCAUUUUGCCCCACAGACAGGACGAGCGUCUUUAGCCUGAUUUCAUCUAAAGUUUAUUCAGUCGUCUCCGAAAUGCCCGUUUCAGCUCUGCAAAGCUUCGCCGUGUGGGAAUCAGAUAAAUGAAUUCCGUUUAUACGUGAGGGCACCACUGGGUUCAACAGCCCUCAGCAGAAUACAGUAAAGAAUACGUUUUAAAAGUUAGAACGUAUGUUUUCAACUCUGCUAUAAAUGAGACAACUUGUUCUAUGGUGAGGACAUGUCAUAUCACAGUAUUCAAUGCCUCCUUCUAUUGUGCAACCACCUGCUGGUCUCUAGUCUGGCAGUUUCUUCUCCACAACACUGUUUUUAGAAGUUCUGUUUGUAGAAUCUCUCCGAAAAGCCGAUCCAUGAAGGUCUUCUAGUCUCUUUCUAGUAUGGUAGACAGUAGAUGCAAGUGCUACUUGUUAUUCCGAGAGUGGGGAAUGUGCCCUUUCAAUUUAAGAUGCAGUUUUUUUCCCCCCCUUCAUAUCAGUUUAGUUCAAUGUGCCAACUUAUAUAUUUAUAAUAUCACAAACCUGAAAUAAUGAAACUAAUGAAACUUAUAUAUUUAUUAUUUUACUGAAAAGGAUGAUGAAAUACUAAUUGCCCCUCAGAGACAAAUGAAAUUAGUAACACAUGAAAAGUUCACGUCUCACUAAUCUCGACCAGACUAAUUCCUGUAAUUAUGUCAUAUAUUUUUUACAAAUAAUCACUUGCUUUUUAAGUCUGAUUUGACAUUAAUUAGAUAAAACAAUUGGGAACUGUACUGUAAUUCAUAUGUGAUUGUUUUCCUUAUCAUGAAUCACUGCUUAUAAUACAAGGCAAGUAUAUAGAAAUUAUCCAAUUGAAUAAAUAUACCACCUUUCUAUUCAGUUUCACGGUAUUAUAAAUAAAGUAAUACUCUACGCUUUCUUUUUCCGGAUCACACUGCCUUGUGUGAUAAGUAAAGCAACCACUACCUACACACAUUGGAUUUGUGUAUUUUAUAUUGUAAUAUAUACAGUAAUAUAUGUAUGACAUGUAUUUGAGGUGGGACUGCCUCUGUGGAUUGAUUCAUGCCUUUGUCUUUAGAGCCUCUCAUGUUUCACUCAUGGCUAAAGCAAAGCUUGUCUCUCCCUGGCUAAUGCUAAUGUGUUUUUUGUCAUGUACGUAGCUGGGUGUUUCCUUCUAAUGAAAAUAAAAUCACGCCAACCACCACGAUGGUGAAUACGUAUGUAAAAGAAGAGAACGAUCAUCUUUUUUCAGGAGGCAGGGGUAGGUGAAGUGGUAAUGUGCCAUGUAUAGAUCGAUCCGGUUCAGUUCUGAAGUGCCGUGGUAAUUUGAACCUGAUGUAGAUGUUUAAACAGUGCACUUUAACUUGACAUACAUGGAUUUCGAGCAAUCAUUCAUGUUUUUUCAGUUGCAGCAUCACCAUGACAACCAAUUUACCAAACUGCUUUUUUUUAUUCUCACAAACAGUUCAUACUUUGUGUACCGCCAAAAUAUCUGGUCUCUGUAAUAGCUUCGGAUUUGUAUGUGCAAGGGAAUAGAUGAAUCGAUCUAUUUGUGUGAAAGAAAGUGAUUUUCAUGAUCUAUAGUUUCAAUAGCCAUAGCCCUGCCUACCUGUUUAAUUACAAUUAAUUACAUUAUGUGGUCUUAAAAACAAUUUAUAUUUGUAACAUCUUUUAGUUUAUUUUUAUCCAUGACUUAAAAAAUAAAUAAAGGUUAUGCACACUGUUCCUUGGUAGCGUAUGUAAUAGAAUAUCAAACAAAAUAAUAACCACUUUGUUAUAUAAACGAA